CGCUUGCGCCGCUUUUCCCACGCGACGCAAACGUUGAAGUGAGCACGUUGUAAACGAUUGCGGAGUCCUGAACACUACUUUAACAAUUGUUUAGGGUUUUUUGCUCCUUUACACCUACGAGAAGGGAAAUAGUCCUCCGUGAAGCAUUUCGCCGAGAGGGACAGAAUACUAAAACGACUUUUGCCAUCCACAAUGUCUGAAGCUCCAGUAAACCCAAAGGCCUAUCCGCUGGCCGACGCCACGCUGACCAAAACCAUCCUCGACUUGGUGCAGCAAGCCUCCAACUACAAGCAGCUGAGAAAAGGGGCUAACGAAGCUACCAAGACCCUGAACAGAGGCAUAGCAGAAUUUAUUGUCAUGGCCGCUGAUGCCGAACCACUGGAGAUCAUCCUUCACCUCCCGUUGCUCUGCGAGGACAAGAAUGUCCCAUAUGUAUUUGUCCGCUCCAAGCAGGCACUGGGACGCGCUUGUGGGGUGUCCCGUCCCGUCAUCGCUACCUCAGUCACCAUAAAAGAGGGGUCCCAGCUCAGACCCCAGAUCCAGACAGUCCAAAUGUCCAUUGAGAGACUACUGGUGUGAUUGUCGAUGCAGUGGUUGAGCAGACGACAAAUUCCAUUAUCCAAUUUGUGUGCUCAUGUUAAUGAAGCGUGUAUGACAAAAUAUAUUUUUUUGUUCUUAUGUUGGACUACUUACUUGAGGUGUUUGUCAUGCUAUAGCCUCAUUCAUAAUAAAACAUUUUAUUCUUAAAAA